GAGCCGCGCAUGCGCAUUGGGUCUCCGCCCCCCGAGCGGAGAUAGUGAGAGUACUUCCGGUGUCCGAGAGCAGCUCUACCGGAACCGGCACCGACAGCCUUCCUCAUCGCUCCCCGCCAUCGCCAUGCUGAUCACCGUGUACUGUGUGCGCCGGGACCUGUCCGAGGUCACUUUCUCCCUGGAAGUGGAUGGAGACUUCGAGCUGGAGAACUUCCGAGCCCUCUGUGAGCUGGAGAGCGGCAUCCCGGCCUCCGAGACCCUGAUAGUCUAUGCAGAGAGACCUUUGACUAAUAACCAGCGCUCGUUAGCAUCGUACGGACUGAAAGACGGAGAUGUGGUGAUUUUGCGGCAGAGAGAAACCCCAGAGGCGCGUCCCGCUGCUCCGUUCCCGGGCUUAGAUUUCAGCACCAUCGCGGUUCCAGGGUCCUCCAGCCAGCCGGCCCCCUCGCAGCCGCAGGCUCCUCCCCCUCCUCCGCCAGACACUUCCUCCUUCCCGCAGGGAUUGGACAAUCCGGCUCUGCUGCGGGAGAUGCUGCUGGCCAAUCCCCACGAGCUGUCGCUGCUAAAGGAGCGCAACCCCCCCCUGGCCGAGGCGCUGCUGAGCGGGGAUCUGGAGAAAUUCACGAAGGUUCUGUUGGAGCAGCAGCAGGAACGCGCCCGCCGGGAGCAGGAGAGGAUCCGACUCUACUCCGCCGACCCGUUUGAUUUGGAGGCGCAGGCUAAGAUUGAGGAAGAUAUAAGGCAGCAGAACAUUGAGGAGAACAUGACGAUAGCGAUGGAGGAGGCGCCAGAGAGCUUUGGGCAGGUGGUGAUGCUCUAUAUUAACUGCAAGGUGAAUGGUUACCCAGUGAAAGCCUUUGUGGAUUCGGGGGCCCAGAUGACCAUCAUGAGCCAGGCCUGUGCCGAGAGGUGCCACAUCAUGAGACUGGUGGACAGGCGGUGGGCCGGCAUCGCCAAGGGGGUCGGGACGCAGAAAAUCAUCGGCAGGGUUCAUUUAGCUCAGGUUCAGAUCGAAGGAGACUUUCUGCCUUGUUCCUUCUCUAUCCUGGAAGAGCAGCCAAUGGACAUGUUACUGGGCCUGGACAUGUUAAAGAGACACCAGUGCUCUAUCGACCUAGAGAAGAAUGUCCUGGUCAUUGGCACAACGGGCACCCGUACCAGCUUCCUGCCCGAGGGCGAGCUGCCCGAGUGUGCCCGGCUGGCGUAUGGGCCGGGGCGGGAGGAGGUGCGCCCGGAGGAGAUCGCAGACCGGGAACUGGCGGAAGUCUUGCAGAAAUCAGCAGAGGAAGCAGAUACGGAAACUACCUCAUUGGUAUCACCAACCGACGGACUUGCCAGCCCUGCCCAUGCUUCCGGCACAGCUGCAACUCCCUCUGCCCAUUCAGCCACCUCUCCGACUACUGACCGCUCACUCCUGCCCACCGGGACCGACUGCAUUGAGCCUUCCGAAGGGGCCGCCCCCGGCCACCGGGGCCACGGCUGUCUCACUGGUUUGCAGACUGGGCAACCUCCUUCUGUUUUACCACCUUCAUCCGCCGGGCACCAUUUGCCUCUUCGAAGUGUCAAUCCUCGCGAGACUUCCGGAGAUCUAGAGAGUUCCGAGCAGCCAAUGGAGCUCCGAGAUUUUCAUUCGCUAUUUCCAGGGUUACCUGUCCGGAAGGAAAUGGAACAUGUAGGUGGCACUCAAUCGGUGCCACCUCCUUCCCAAGGUGACACUAAAGACAUUGAUGGUGGUGCUGAUGGGUCCUCGCCCCCUUCUCUAGGUGAAGGGCUGAGUGAGGGAGCACCCCCUGCAGCGACAGAAUCCCCAAUGGAAGUGGACUACUUACCCGUUUGCCAUGACAGAUCUGACGAGGCAGCUUGCGUUCACCCACUGCAUGGAGCCCAGACUCGUGCCCGAGGUUCUGCCAACGAGCAGAGGGGUAGCAUGGCACCGGCCGUAGAACUUCAGCUUUCUGAAAUGCCCGACGGCACCACGGAGGUAGUUUGUCCUUUUCCACCUAGCGCCGGUGUUUCCGAUGGAGAAGACAAUAGUUUCUCCUUGGCCACUGCCCUAAAGGAACUUCAUAAACUAUUGGUCACAAGUGGCCAAGGACUCUGUAGGUUAUCUCCCGAUGAUAAGACUAGUUAUCCGUUGGAUACUUACCCUAACGACACUCUCCUUGGUGGGCAGUCUUGCCAAAGCUCCUCCAACGACCCCACGUCCAUUCAUAAUUCUCUAUCUGUAACAGACAAUGUUGUUAGUGAUGAGAGACUCUAUGAACCAGAGGAAGGGCGAGAUCUGAAGUCUCCAAAACAGGAGGCCUCCAUGGAGGAAUGUACCACCACUUCUGAUGUGGAACUUCAAAGCCCCAGAGUAGAGAUGGACUCUAAAGCAGGUGACACACUUGAAACUUGCCCUGUGUCCAGUGCAGUCAAUAUCCCUGUUGAGAUUACGGACAUCUUGCCUGAUAAACUUAUGGUCAAACAGGAAGCUGGCACUGGAGAGGAGACCAUCCUGGAAGCUGGCACUGGAGAGGAGACCAUCCUGGAAGCUGGCACUGGAGAGGAGACCAUCCUGGAAGCUGGCACUGGAGAGGAGACCAUCCUGGAAGCUGGCACUGGAGAGGAGACCAUCCUGGAAGCUGGCACUGGAGAGGAGACCAUCCUGGACGCUGGCACUGGAGAGGAGACCAUCCUGGAAGCUGGCACUGGAGAGGAGACCAUCCUGGAAGCUGGCACUGGAGAGGAGACCAUCAUGGACGCUGGCACUGGACAAGAGACCAUCAUGGACACUGGCACUAGAGAGGAGACCACCAUGGAAGCUGGCACUGGACAAGAGACCACCAUGGAAGCUGGCACUGGACAAGAGACCACCAUGGAAGCUGGCACUGGACAAGAGACCACCAUGGAAGCUGGCACUGGACAAGAGACCACCAUGGAAGCUGGCACUGGAGAGGAGACCACCAUGGAAGCUGGCACUGGAGAGGAGACCAUCCUGGAAGCUGGCACUGGAGAGGAGCCAAUCAUAGAAGCUGGUACUGGUGAGGAGCCAAUCAUAGAAGUUGGCACUGCAGAGGAAACUGUAACACAAAACCAAGGAUCUAGUGACCAAGCCUUGCCCGUUGAACUUGGUGAUGUGCAGUCUGUACCUGCUGCUGGUGCAAGUCCUUUAUUUGCCCCUUCUGACAUUGACCGGAUUGUGAGUGCUGGCUUCACCUUGCAGGAUGCCGUCCUGGCACUGGAAAAAGCAGACGGGCACGCAGAGGUCGCCCUCCUUGCCCUGCUGGCCAAGAAGAUCAUCGUUCCUACAUAACCGCGUUCCACUAUCAGCCCGGAGGCAACGGAAGAUGAGUCGGGUCGGUUCCUCGAUCACUUUCUGACUAUCCCUGUGGGGCAGGACGUCGGCGCUCUAUGUGCAGCGCCACCUAGCAGCUCCUGCUGGUACUGCAAGUUUUUUGUUCCGGUCAUUUACACGGUGUGAUGUUUCUCCUGGGUACUUUGUGUCUCUUCAUUGUCCACUUUGAAGGUCCCCCAUUAGCCAAAGGCCAACGAUCCCAUUACAGGGUGGUGUGGGAUCCAUGGGGGCACGAGAGUUUCCUGUUUGCUGCUUUGGUUUUAGGGGUGAGGUUAAGGCUUUUAUAGGCAUGAGUAGAACCGCAGGCCGAGGGGGUGGGCACCACCAUGAAUUCUUCCUCGUGCCCUGACAGUAGGGGGUGCAAUUGGGCAGCUCCGGGGACGCGUUGCCAUUCGCUGCUUUACAUAGUUUUUUUUUUUUUUUUUUAAGAAGGUUUUUAAAUGACGGACGCUGAGGUGCAGGGGUAUUUCUUAUGGGGGGGGCUAUUAAUUUGCCGAGGUGAUCAUUUCCCUUGGGGGGGGGGCGCAAGUGCUGAAACGGGUAUGCUUCCAUCCACUUACUGAGUCUUAAUGUAGUUACCAAGUCAUUGCAAGGGGGGUGUGGUUAGACCUGCCAGGGGGAGGGGCUUCGGCCUAGGCUGCGGAGCUGACACACGAUUAAGUACAGACGGGACGUUGAUAAAAUGUUGCUUUUCUGUUGUAUAUUUUAUAUUAUGAGCGGAAUCCUUAGCAAAUAUUUUGGGGGUAACGUAACAGCCUCCGUUCCUGGGUGGGCACCGCAGGGGGUAGUUCAGUGUCGGUGACUAGCGGUGCCGCUGGGUACUGCCUCUCCCUACAGCGGUGCCACUGGGUUCCGGUACCGGGUCGGAAUAACGAGAGGUUUGGGGGACAAACUGCCUUUCUGCUCUUGUUAAUGGCGCUGGUUCUGCUCCUACACCGUUUGGGUUUGGGUUGUGCCAUGUACAAGGAGCCCCAGUACUUAUUAAUGGCGUGUCCUCACUUUGCUACACUGCUGUUCUGUAUGAACCGGUUCUGGUGGAGCUCGACCCAAGCAGCACCCUCUCUUUAGCGUUUGUUGGAAACAUGGCAGCAGUUUGGGGGCGGGUUUUGCCCAGCUGGGGGUGGGGCAUAUACGCAUGACUGACAGUUCUGCCCCGGGGCCCUACGAGCGACAUUCUCAGGGUGGGUUUUACGGUAGAAAAUGACACUUGAAACCCCGCGCCGUGUAUUUCUGCCUUUUGCUUUCAGUCGCUCCGUGUCCCUGUAUGUAGCGCUGCGCUUGGGGGGCCGCAUACAGAGCCCAGUGGUCCUGGGAUGUGCCAAGCUUUCAGGCAGGGGGGGUGAACUACAGCUCCCAGCAUCCCCUGAGAGCCACCUAUCCUUGCUGGGAGCUUUGGGAGUCCCCCUGUAUAUUGUGCCUUCCUCCCCCCCCCAUAGGGUUCUGAGCUGCUCGGAACAUUUACAGGUCGGGGGCUCAUUGGCUUUGGGCGGGGCUUGGAAACUGGAUGUUACUGGAGUUUGUAUUUAAAAACCAAUAAAGUGUUUUUUUUUCCUGAAAAA